UCCUUUUCUUUCUUAAAAAAUGUUAAAAACAUUAAAUUUUCGUCUCCAUGAGAGAAAGACCGAAGGAGUAUAUCCCAUUGUCACAAAUAUUAUUCUGUUUUUGGGCGGUGCACACUGUACACAGACGGUUAUACAGAGCCUAAUAUACAAUACAAAAUGUCUUUCUAGAAGUAUCCAAACUCCAUAUGGGCAUUUUAGUAAUUUCACAUACACUUAUGCACAUCUUCUCGUAAGGCCACACGUAUUUAAACCCGGCCCCCUUCCAAACAACUCACUGAUCCACACAAAAGAUUCUGAGAAAAUGGAAACCUCUUCUUACGAAUCAAACUCAACAUUUUCUAAAACACCAUAUCCACAAUCUCAAUCAUCAAACCAAUCAUUACAUCAUGAAACCAGAUCUGGGUUCUUCAAGAACGAGGAUGUAUGGCCGAAAACCCAAAUCAAAAGAAAGAAGAAUCAAGUUUUUCUUGAAGGGUAUGUAGAAACGUCUGAUGAAGAAGAGCUUGUUAGGGCUAGGAGUUUAACAGAUGAAGAUCUUGAAGAACUUAAAGGGUGUUUGGAUUUAGGAUUUGGUUUUAGUUACGAUGAAAUUCCGGAGCUCUGCAACACCUUGCCGGCGCUGGAAUUGUGCUAUUCAAUGAGCCAGAAGUUUCUCGACGACCAGCAGAAGUCGCCGGAGUCUACGUCGACGGUGAAUUAUUCAUCGUCGCCGCCUUCAGUUGCCAAAUCUAAUUGGAAGAUUUCUAGUCCUGGUGAUGAUCCUGAGGAUGUUAAAGCAAGAUUGAAAUUUUGGGCACAAGCAGUUGCAUGUACAGUGAGAUUAUGCAGCUGAAAUGAAGCCAUAGAAAAUGAUAAAUAUCAACUUACAUUUUGGAAUAGGGUUUGAGACGAUGAUUCUGAAUGAAUUAUCGAAAUGAUUAAGCCUGAUCUGAAGAAGGAGUUUUGAUGAGUUUGUUUACAUGUAAAUUGUUAUCUGAACAAAAAGAAAAGUCUAAGGGGUGGAUUGGUGUCGUACAUAAGUAUAUCUUGUAAAUUUAAUGAAUAAAACUCGUGUCAUAAUAAUAUACGAAAUGUUAUUGUCCGUUUUAUUUUGUGGUCUACAUUUAUCUGGAAAAAACUAAAAAUAGAAUGUUGAUAUUAUUAUGAGAAAACAUACCCGAAGUUAUGAUACCAUGUCCAAUCAUGCAUGAUAUCAUGUUCAAUCAUGGAGACAUAGUCAUAGAUGAUGGAUGAGCCGAAGGCUUGAUUCUAAUUUCUGUUAAACAUAAUUGCAAAAAUUAAUGGUUCUAUGUAUUUUUUUAUUAUUAUUAUUAUUAUUAUU